GGUUGGCAGGCACAACGACAGUCAUACAGUCAGCCAACUCACUUACAGGCAGCACAAGGAACUCACCGCUGGACUUGUAUGAAUACCGGUAAGCAGCAGAAGCCAGUGCUCACAGGCCAGAGGUUUAAGACCAGGAAAAGGGAUGAAAAGGAGAAGUUUGAACCAACUGUUUUUCGAGACACGAUUGUUUUGGGCCUCAAUGAAGCAGGCGGUGACCUGGAUGCUGUAGCUAAGUUUCUAGAUGUCACAGGGUCGCGACUAGACUACAGACGCUAUGCUGACACUCUGUUCGACAUCCUCAUCGCAGGGAGCAUGCUUGUGAGCUGA